GGGGGCGCUACUCUGAGGUUUUUACACCAACGGUUUGCUAUAAGUAUAAAUUAAAUGUAAUGAUUGUUGAAACUUUAUAAAUUUCAGUAUAUUCUAAUCAUUUAUUGUUAACCAACCAGACUUUAUCAAAGUAAUUAUAGAGCAAUUUUUCGGUAAUUAUCAUAUUGGUAAGCAGGAAAGAGUUGUUAACUCUGCAAAGUCCGUUAGCGUAACAAAAAUAAAGCCUAUGUACGAAGCAGCAUCUCGCCCCUGUGAAAAUCACAAAGUUAAAAAAAUAAUAAAUUACUUUACCUAUAAAAAGAACAUGAUCAAGUUACUUCAGUGGCUUCUUGGACUGGGCCUUUUCAUGGCAGCAUGGGCCAUUUUACUCUCUGGAAGGUUUCUUGUUAAAAUACCAGAAGAACAAAUGCUUCAUGUAUGGUUGGUUCCUGUGUACACUUUGGGCACUUUUGGGCUAGCGUGUCUCUCCAUUAUAAUGUAUCGAGUGUAUAAUUUUAACAACUGUGAAGCAGCUGCAGAGGAACUUAAAAUGCAAAUUAAAGAAGGAAAAGAAGAUCUUAAAAAAAGGGGGUUCAGGUUUGAUGAAGACACAUUACAGAAUGCUGACUUGUGAGAAACAUGAUGAUGCAGAGAAUUACUUGGUGAACUGUAAAAACUAAAGAUAAAACUUCAGGCAUUCCAAAAUGAGCAACUUUGGGAAAUUUUUCUUUGUUGAUGUUAACUUUUGUUAGUUGUCAUCAGGUAAUAUUUACAAUAAAUAAUUAUUAUGUAUUUUUGAAUCAAAAUGAAGUACUUGGCUUAUGAGAUUGA